AUGUGGGAUCUUCCCAGACCAGGGCUCGAACCCGUGUCCCCUGCAUUGGCAGGCAGAUUCUUAACUACUGCGCCACCAGGGAAGUCCCCAAAGUUAUGUUUUUAAAAGUGUUCGUGCUUUUUGUAAAGUGAUUUGUUCUAAGCACAUUAAAGGUCAUUCAAGUGUUGUUCAAAAAAAAGAAAGAAAAAAGAAAUUAGAGAGUUAAUUAUAUUUACAAUAAUACCCAAAGACAAAAUAUUUAGUAAUAUGUUUAACAAAAGAUGUGUAAGAGCGCCUCUUCACUGAAAGCCACAGAACAUUGCUGAGAGAAAUUAAAGACAACUUGAAGGGACUUCCCUGGUGGUCCAGUGGCUAAGACUCUGUGCUCCCAGUGCAGGGGGCCCGGGUUCAGUUCCUGGUCAGGGAACUCGUCCCACAUGCCGCAACUAAAAAAAGAUCCCGCGUGCCACAACUAAGACCCGGCGCAGCCAAAUAAAUAUUUUAAAAAAUAAACAAAGACAACUUGAAGAAAUGGAGAGAGAGCAUGUUUGUAGAUUAGAAGACUCAAUAUUGUUAAAAUGUCAGUUAUCCCAGUCAAGAUUCCAGAAGGCUUUUUGUAGUAAUUGACAAAAUGAUUCUAAAACAUGGAAAUGCAGGUGACCUGGAAUUGCCAAAGCAAUUACACAAAGCAGGGCUUCACUCUGCCUGACUUCAGACUUUCUGUAAAGCUUCAGUAGUUGAGACUGUGUGGUACUGGUGACACACAGAUGAACGGAACAGAAUAGGAAGUCCAGAAGUAGACCCACACACAGACAAUUGAUUUUCAACAAGGAUGUCAAGAGAAUUUAAUAUGAAAAGGAAAGCCUUUUUAACACAUGGUGCUACAACUGGAUAAACAUAGGGAAGAAAAAUGAACUUGAUCUUUACUUCACACCAUGACACAAAAGUAACUCAAAGAAAACACAGGAAAUCCUUAUGACCCUGAGGUCAAGGCAGAGAUUUCUUAGGACGCAAAAAGCAAGAACCAUAAAAGAAAAAAUGGAUGCAUUCGAUUUUACCAAAAUGAAAACAUUUGCUCUUCUGAAGAUACCCGUUAGAAAAUGAAAAGACAAGUCACAAAAUGGGAGAAAAUAUUUACAGUACAUAUAUCUGACAAAAUACAUGAAGAGUUAGCACGUAAUAAUAGACAGAUGGCCCAGCCGAACAGCGUGGCCCAAAGAUGUGAACAGACACAUUAUGAGAGAUGUAAGAUGUGUGAAUGGCUGACAAGCAGGACAGAGGUGCUGACUGUCGCUAGUUACCAGGGAAACGCAGGUUGGAACAGCAGGAGAACCGCUGCCCGGCCGCCGGUGCGAGGCCACUAGCUGGCAGGGCCAGAGCAGGUGAGCCAGCCACUGCACACGGAGCCGCUGCCCGAGAAUAGCAGGGCAGCUUCCCAGAGAGUCCCCUUGACCUGGUGCUUCCAAGUAUUUACCCAAGAGGAAGGAAAGCAAGCGACUGUGCAGGAACGGGCCCAAGAACGUCCCCAGCAGCGUUAGCCACCAAAAUGUGGAAACAGCCACAUGGCCAUCAGCAGGCAGCGGGCAAGGGAAGUGUCCUCGCAGUGGAUGCCACUCAGCCACGAGAGGGCAAAGUAUGGAGGAAUCUGAAGAUCGCUGUGGCCAUGCUGAAGGGCAGGAGCCCGACACAAGGUGCGCGGACAGUGUGGUCCGUUCUCCUGAAAUUCCAGAAGACACCGUCCACAUGCAGCGGCAGGGCUUGGCCGGGCAGGCGGGGGCUGUGGAGGGGCCGCACGGUGUGGACACCGUACUCAGUCGUGUCCACUGAGUAGCAGACAGAGGUGUCGACUGAGACCUGAUUCCUGAAUCAAAGGUGUCAAUGCGGCUGUGACACCAGUAGUUGCCACCUGAGGGGAUUUCACAUUCUAGAAAGGGGAUGGUGCCGCAGGAAAGAGCAGGUGUUCUUUUUGUUUUUGCGGUACACGGGCCUCUCACCAUUGUGGCCUCUCCCGUCGCGGAGCACAGGCUCCGGACGCGCAGGCUCAGCGGCCAUGGCUCACGGGCCCAGCCGCUCCGCGGCAUGUGGGAUCCUCCUGGACCGGGGCACGAACCCGUGUCCCCUGCAUCAGCAGGCGGACUCCCAACCACUGCGCCACCAGGGAAGCCCAAGAGCAGGUGUUUUUAAUGGGGGGACUUGACGUGGGGGGUGGCGUCUGCUCCAUCAGCCUGGACUAAAGGCAGCACAGAGCGAAUGGCAGGACAGACCCCAGCCCGGGACCCCCAGGCCCUGGGCCAGUGGGCGGAGGGGCUUCUCGCCCCCCAGCCCCAAGCGCGCCCUCUGUGGAACCUGAACCAGCCCCCCUCACGCGCAGCUCCACCCUGCAGCUGUUUUUGUUAAGAAAAAAGUGUUUUUAGAGGUGACUUUUAUGUGUUUGGGACAGAUUAUAAUUGUAGUUCCCACCUUUCAGAAUAAAAACCCGACUCACGAUUUACUUCCGGGGUUGUGCAGGCCGGUGUGUUUCCCCGGUUACGUUAGAAGUGUGGCACCGUGAGCGCUGAAUCGCGUGGGCUGUCGCGUUUCGUGUGGUUUUAGCGUUAGGACGUUUACUUGCAGUCUGUUUGCUCUCUGGAUCCAUCACCCGCCAGAGGCACCUGCACCCAGUACUGCCUGUGUCACGGCUUUUAGUGCCCCAGCUGGGUGUUUUCCACACACCCUCCCAUGAUGACAACAGGCCCAACGGCACAAAACUGUUAAGACCGAGGGGUCCUGACCAGCCUGGCCACCCCAGAGGCACCCUUGCCAUUCCGUCUCUGGGUGAAAAUACUGGAAAUCGAAUUCGGGUCUUAUGAGGACAGGAUGAGAUGGCGGGUGGGAGGGCCGUCCGAGCUCUGAGGCAGGACUGGCUCACCCAGACCCUCUCUGCUCAGUCCUUCUUCCUGGAAGCAGCAGCGAACGGUGGGAAACUGGCGGAGGAGGGAGUGAGUCCAUCAGAUCCUGAUCCGGGUGGGCCGAGCCGUGGGGGUUCCUGACGAAAAGUCCAGUUGGACCCCGAGCCCCGGGCGUGGUUUGGCUGCGCUUGGCCGGCAGCACGGCCUCACCUAUCCACCUCGAUUUGCAGGCCCCGGACCGAGGGUCUGCCGGCCUCCAGGAGGGCCAGACCCUGAGCUCCGGGACAUGGCGCUCCAGCGCGCCGUCCUCCUGGCCAGCCUCCUGGUGGAAGUUGCCAGUAGAUCCUCAGGAAGUGCGGGCCAGCAGCCCAAGUGUUGUGUGGACGUGGUGGACACCAACGCCACCUGCCCAGGCACUAACCUGUGUGGCCCAGGCUGCUACGGGCACCGGGCCGAGGACGGGACCGUCAGCUGCAUCCGCUGCAGGAACGGGACUCACAACAGCUCCGAGUGCAGAGGCUUCGCUGCCCGGGGCGCGCACUUCCCCAUGAACAGGAGCACGGGGAUGCCUGGGCGGCCGAGUUUUGGGGGCCCCCAGGUGGCAGCCUCCCUCUUCCUGGGGACGUUUCUCAUCAGCUCGGGCCUCAUCCUCUCUGUGGCUGCAUUCUUCUACCUCAAGCGUGCCGGUAAGCUGCCUGGCGUCCUCUGUGGGAGAAACAAAGCCCCCAGCCUGCAGCCUGGCGAAGCUGCCGCGAUGAUUCCCCCACCUCCGUCCUCAGUGCGGAAGCCGCGCUACGUCCGGCGCGAGCGGCCCUCGGACAGGGACGUGGGCCCCACUGCCGUCUCUUCCGUGGAGGCCCGGGUGAGCAACGUCUGAUCCCGCGGCCCAUCCACAGCCCCGCGUGCUGCUGAGGGGGGGCCCACACGAAGGCUGGGCGCUGCCCAGCGAGGCCUCAGGACAGGCCUGCACACGGCCCUGGCUCGUCCCUCUCUAGCCACAGAUGUGGAGUGAGAGCCGCCUGCCCGCAGGCCUUCCUCAGCGCACACAGCCGCUCAGCGUGACUGACCCGGGGCAGCACUCCAGCCUCUGGCCCUGAGCCGGGCCGGGGAACCAGGCCGCGUGGGGUCCAGGCUCCUCGGGAGAGACGACCUGCAGGACCCGGGUGCCCCUCCACCUUGGAGCCCAUGGUGGACAGACCCCCCGCACCCCCUCUGAGAGCAGUGAGGCCGAGGCCUUUGGGGGGUCCGGCCGCAUCCACACACAGGCAGUUUGGGGCCUGCAAACCGGCCCCUGGGCUCAGGCGCCCGCAGGGCUGUCCUGCAUGGCCACAGCUGCCCACUUCCAGGCGCUGCGGGAGUGAGUCGCCUGGCCUCCUGCUGACUCUUACCUGUGCUUAAGCAGAAAGCACUUUGCAUAGAAGUCCAAGAGGCACGCUGCCGUCGUCUGCACCCCGCCUGGGCCCCAGGCACUGGAGGUCCUCAUCCACCUUGGGAUGGACACUGGCCCGAAGCUGCUGGAGGUCGAGACCCCCCAGGGACGUGUCAACCCGGGGCCACGUUUACCUGUGACUGCCGCCUGGACUGGCUGUCUCGCUGGACCUGCCGAGGGCCGCCCUGGCCAGCAGUCCUGUCCCGCUGCCCCUGCCCCGAGGCAGCAGCCCGUGUUCCCUGCCUCGGCCGGUUGCGGAGGGACGGCUCUGGGUUCCUGUGGAAAUGGGGGAGCGUCGGGGUGCCCACUGAGCACGGGCAGGGUGCUGCCUGGCCUCCCCAGAGCCUCCACGGGGACUGACGUUUUCUCCUCCGGUGUCUGGUCCACGUCCGCGGGGCCCACGGCAGGGCCUGUGUGGCCAGCCUCCUGCUUUCUGCACUGGGAUUCCCACUGCGGUGUUUGUGCUUUAUGGACACAAGCUCGGUCGCCAGGACAUGAACGAUGACUGACCGGCAGCUGAGAGGGGCGGCCACCUGAAAUCAGCGUCAAUAAACCACUCAGGCCCUUC